AUGUUUGAUUUUGAAUUACUUCCAAAUGAGAUGCAGUUAGAAGUUCUGAAAAGGACAGAAUUCCGGACAGUUCAAAGUAUGAAAACGGUAUCCAAGAGGGUUCAAAAGUUUAUCAAAGUCUAUAAAAAGUAUAUGAUGCCAAUACCGAUUCGUCAGAUGUUUGUAACACCGGUAAGAAAGCAAUUGAAUUUGACAGAAUCUAAUAGUAUUUUUCAGGAAAAAAUAAGCUUCACUCUUUGCCAAUCAAAUGAAAUUAACACUAUCCACCAUGAAGAAAUUGAUCCGUUUCUUCGGGGUGCAAAAGUUGACCUACUUUGGUUGGAAAUGAAUGAAAUUGAAACUGAACCGAUUCAAUUCCUAGAAUCCGUUUUUCAAAAGACAAAGUUCAAGAACAUUGAAUGCUUAAAACUAGGAAGCUCAAAAGUUGAAUGUGAUGUAUCGAGACUCAACGAGUUAAUGAAAACUUUAGGCUGCAGAGAGCUCAUUGUGGACUGGAGAUUUCGGGUUCCAGAGAUUUUUUUCAAUAAAUUGGAAAUCGGAAAGCUAAACCGCCUUACAAGUGGCAAUGAAGAAUCACGACAUUUUUAUCGCCCAUUUUCUGGAGAGAACUUGAAAUAUUUCAAAGGAGAUUGGUUGGAAAUUGGACCUAAUCAGUUGAAAGCUUCUGAUUUAUCAGUUCUAUUCAAGAACUGGAAACAAGGAGUUAUCUCAUGGAUAUCGAUGUACAACAUUGUCAUCUCAUUCCCUAUUCCUGAGCUCUUACGAUUGCUCAAAAACAAGACAUGCCAAAAAUCAGUGACCAGAUGGGUUGUGAGACGAGAACUCGAUGAGGAGAGUGAAGAUUUGGAGAUCUGCUUUCUCCAAAGUACAAAUUUCUCGAAGCUUCCGUCAUUAGUAAUAAGACAGUUUAGAAAUGAGAAGUCAUUCUGGGCAUAA